AUGCCUGAUAAUUUGGAGCUUUUACAUUUUUAUAACAUUUACAAUGAUAGAAGAAAUAAAUGGAAAAUUGGGAUAAAUAAAUUAAAUUUGAAUAUUGAAAAUUAUAAAAAUAUGAAAACAAAAAUAUUCUUAUAUGUCUUAUGGAGUAUAUUAUUAUUUAUAUAUUUUUUUGAAUUUUUAUUAAAUUUGUUAUUUCUAAAAUAUAUACAAAAUAUAAAUAUAAUAAUUAAAAUUAUUUUUAUAUUUUCAAUAUCUGAAUUUAUAACAAUUAUUUUAUUAACAACACAAAGUAUUUAUGGAUAUUUAUAUGAUAGCUCACUAAUAUUACAAAAAGCAUCUCAAUCAUUUUUUAUUUUAAGUGUUUGGUGUUUUUUAAAAUUAUUAUUUUAUAUUAUCUUAAUAAUUUUAUUAUCAGCCUUCUUAAAUUCAAAUAUUAUCCUUAAUACACAAUUGCUAUAUUUUUCAAAUCAAACUUUAUAUUUUAAUUAUCUUAUCAAACUAAUUAUAACAAUUACGGCUGUUAAAUUUGUUCUCACCUUUUUCACAGGCCAAAAAAUAAACUACGUCUUUAGCUGCAUUCGAACGUCAAUUAUUUUAAAAAAUAAAAUUAGGAAAGAUCUUGAAAAAAAAUCAUUUUUAUUUGAAGAUCAGACAUAUGGAACCUUUACUAUGAAUUUCAAUGUGUAA